AUGAGUAUCCAUAUUGCGUCUACAACUGCUCCUGUUAAUAUUGCUACUCUAAAAUAUUGGGGUAAAAGAGAUGCGGACUUGAAUUUACCAACAAAUUCUUCCAUUUCAGUGACAUUAUCCCAGGAUGAUUUGAGAACUUUGACUUCUGUCGCUACCAGUGAAUCGUUUAAUAAAGACACGCUGUGGAUCAAUGGCAAAGAAGAGUCGUUAGACAGUAAGAGGACACAGGAUUGUUUGAAAGAUUUGCGCUCUUUGAGAGAAGAAAUGGAAGUGAAUGAUAAGUCCUUACCUAGAUUCUCUCAAUGGAAGUUACAUAUUGUUUCUGAGAAUAAUUUUCCUACAGCUGCCGGUCUUGCCUCCUCAGCUGCCGGCUUUGCAGCCUUAGUGGUAGCGAUUGCAAAAUUAUAUCAGUUACCACAAUCCAUGUCCGAAUUAUCAAAAAUUGCUCGUAAAGGGUCAGGUUCUGCUUGUAGGUCUUUAUUUGGUGGUUAUGUAGCGUGGGAGAUGGGUCAAUUAGCUAACGGUGAAGAUUCAAUGGCUGUUCCUGUGGCUUCCAUGGAUGAGUGGCCUGAGAUGAAAGCAGCCAUUCUUGUGGUAAGUGACGUAAAGAAGGAUACUCCAUCUACUCAAGGAAUGCAAUUAACAGUCCAUACAUCUGAUUUAUUCAAAGAAAGAAUCAAUAACGUCGUACCAAGACGCUUUGAAGAAAUGAAGACUGCCAUUAGGAAUAAAAAUUUCAAAGAAUUUGCUGAAUUAACAAUGAAAGACUCAAACUCAUUCCAUGCUACUUGUUUGGAUUCUUAUCCUCCGAUCUUUUACAUGAAUGAUACUUCCAAAAAAAUUAUCAGGUUAAUACAUUCGAUAAAUGAAUUCUUCGGAGAAGUAAUUGUGGCAUACACAUUUGACGCAGGUCCAAAUGCUGUGCUAUAUUAUUUAGAAAAAGAUGAAGCUAAGAUAUUUGCAUUUAUCUACACUUUAUUAAAAAAAGUUGAAGGAUGGGCAAAUAAAUACACCGAACCUGAAUUGCAAUCUUUCGAAAAACUAUUUGUUGAAUACAAGGACAAAAUAACUUUUCAAAUGGAUAGUGAAUUGUACGAGGGUAUUAAUAGAGUAAUUCUAACCAAAGUUGGUAGUGGUCCACAAUCAACGAAUGAAUGCUUAAUUGAUGAAUCGACUGGCUCACCAAAAUAA